UUCAAGACGAACUUCGCGACCAACUUCAACGACAACAUCGACAACGACCACCGACAUACAAAGUGAGUCCUUUACACCGCUCGAAUCUAUCGAAAUCUGCUCAAUUACUGACUACUCAAAGAUGGGUCGUCUUACGGAAUAUCAGGUCAUUGGCCGCCAUCUGCCAUCUGAGGCAAACCCGGCACCAAAGUUGUACCGAAUGAGAAUCUUUGCACCCAACACCGUGGUUGCAAAGUCUCGUUUCUGGUACUUCUUGAUGAAGCUCCGCAAAGUCAAGAAGGCGAACGGAGAGAUCGUCAGCUUGAACGUCAUCCACGAGAAGCGCCCAAUGAAGGUCAAGAACUUCGGUAUCUGGAUCCGAUACGAUUCUCGUUCUGGUACCCACAACAUGUACAAGGAGUACCGUGAGAUGUCAAGAACCGAUGCUGUUGAGUCUAUGUACCAAGAUAUGGCUGCCAGACAUCGCUCCCGUUUCCGUUCCGUUCACAUCCUCAAGGUCGUCGAGCUCGAGAAGACCGAUGAUGUCAAGCGCCCAUACAUCAAGCAACUCCUCACCAAGGACCUCAAAUUCCCCCUUCCUCACCGCGUUUCCAAGGCUACUGGCAAGAAGAUCUUUUCCGGAAGCAGACCAUCGACUUUCUACUGAGUGGGUUGGCUGGGGCUGGUUGGGUGAUAAGUUAUUUGGCUUGGGACGGAAUCUGGUGUUGCACUGCAUAAAGGGUUGUUUUCUAGCCUUUGCCCGUUGAGCCAGAUUACGAAAUGGCAAUGAAUAAGCAAAAUCUUGAAGCAUUGCAUGCGACUGCUGUGAGAUUUGUACUUUGUGGUUGCAUUUGUGGUCCCCCCAAAUUAUUUUGGUAGCGAAGAGGCAACCAUGCUCGUAUCAAUUGACUUGGAUAAACCACUCUGAGCACUUCUCUAGCAGUUGAUAUUCCCCACCUAGGGUCUGCUGAAGGUUUUAGGAGGUCGUGGAGCGGUCGAAACCAGGAUGUUCAAAAAGUUGGGCCAAGUGGUGUUUAUCAAAAGCUAGAUUCUCUCUCGCCAAAUUGCAACUGCUUUCCACUACAACCUACGAUUUCAGCCACUUAUGCUAAGUAGCUAUUCCUCUGUUUCCUUCGUUUUAUUGAGUCUUCUCGGCUGCUCUCAGCCAUCAUGUCCAUUCACGACUCGCGUAUACGAAUUUUUGCCUGUAGUUUACAACUUACCAUUCUCCUCAUUCGCCUUCUGACGAUCGAUCUCUGGCUUGGCAGCGAACCGU